ACUGCAGUGUGCACACUUCUGUUUACAGGUCAAAUGCAAACAGAAACACUAACUUUAGGGUUCAAGAACACAGUAAUCUGGGUUUGGACAGGCAGGACAGAGGUGUUAUGGGGCCCCCCUGCAGUUUGGGUCAAAGCAGGGACGAACGUGAAGAACAAGGUGAAGAGUCCUCUGGAAUUCUGAGAGUACGGGUUGAAGAAAGCGUUUUCACCAUAGACAGGGCCAUCCUAGGGCAGAACUGUGAGUAUUUCCGUGCUCUCUUCCGCUCUGGGAUGAAGGACAGUCAACUAAAUGAGUUCCACCUGCAGGGUGGCCUGAAAGCUAGGGGUUUCCUCAUCGCCAUGGCAGUUUCCAGGGGUGAGCGCCCUGCUUUACGAGACCCAGACGAGAUUGUGGAGGCUGCCGAGUGUGCGGCCUUCCUCCAAGUCGACAUUCUGGUUCAGCACUUGAUAGACCUUCUUGAUACUGACAACUGCAUUCUUCUGUACCACACCGCAGCGGUGUACGGCUUGUGGAGGUUGUUUCACAGUGCUGCAGUAUUCAUCCGCGAUGCUUAUAGCGAUGUGCAAGAUGCUCUCGAGGCACUCCCAGAGGAGCUGAUCUGCUAUGUGGAGUCGUUUUCACCAGCGUCGUUUGUUGCUCUAGGCACUCAUUCGCCAUCCAUGAAGAUUCUGCAGGACUGCUACAGGACAGUGUUUUACCUUGAUGAGAAACCGGGUGCUUGGAAAUAUCUGACUGAUCUACCAACAGACGCCAGCACCUCUAUGGCCGGCGUGGCUGUUGUGGAGAACCGACUGUAUAUCGUUGGAGGAGUGCGAGGAGUUAGCAGGGAAACUGUCGACUUGAGCUUUUGUUAUGACACAGAAUCCAACACAUGGAGUGUGUUUGACGGUCCUCAGCAGUCCAGGUAUAACUUUACCCUGGUGGGUCACGAUGGACAUUUGUACGCCAUCGGAGGUGAAUUUGACAAAAGGAUCAUGUCCUCAGUUGAAGCGUGUGAUGUUUCAACAGGCGCAUGGACAUUUUCCAAGCCAGCGCCUCGUUCUGUGGCUGCGGCGGCUAGUGCGGUUGCAAGGCGUAGGAUAUUUGUGUGUUUCUGGAAGCCACCAGAUACUACAGACAUUUAUGAAUAUGAACCUAAAAAUGACGAAUGGACGCUGGUCACCACUAUGGUAAAGCCUCAAAGUUAUGGACACUGCAUGGUGGCUCACGGUGACAACCUGUAUGUCAUGAGGAACGGCCCUUGUGAUGACUUCCUGCGCUGCCUCAUGGACUGCUACAACAUCACUACGGGUCAAUGGACGGCCACGCCAGGACACUACGUCAAUAGCAGGGGUGCCCUCUUCACGGCUGUGGUGAGGGGGAACUCUGCUUUCACCGUCAACCGCAGUUUGACCCUGGAAUAUGUCAUUUGCGAAGACAAGUGGAAGCCUCGUAGACAGAUGAUGGGCUUUCCAAAAAGUGGAUCGCUUUGGACUUGCUUACUCAGACUGCCUAAGAGCACAAAUGCACAUCAGGAACGUGAUUCAGAGGAAGUCCUGGAGAUGGAUGCCAAUGUGGAAAGUGUGGAAGAAGAUUUGGUAGCACAAAAGAUGUUUUAAAAAAAUCCACUCUACACUGUUUUCUAUAUUCUUCAAAAAAUCUCCUUUUGUGUGAAGAAAGUGAGUCAUACAGGUUUAGAACAACAUGAGAGUGAGUAAUUGAUGACAGAAUUUUCCUUUUCAGUUAUUUAAACGCACAAAUUCAUCUAAUGUUCUAUACAGUAAAUUAAAGCAACUGUAUCUUUGCAUAUUGUCAAAGGUAAUUGCAAGAAACACCAUAAAUAAAUAGCUGUGAACGCCUCUACUGUUUUGUUCUCACACAUACUGUAUGCACAUGCACACGUGAACUGUACUCUAACUGCGGUUCGCCAGCCUCUAUAAACAGCUCCCCAAUCGCUUGUGCAGCUGCUGUUAAUCAGCCCCAGCACCCCUCAAAUGGGUCUGAAGUUCAAAGUCUUCUCACUGGAGAGCUGUAAUACUCUCCAUCCUCCUGUCUGUCUGUAUGUCUGAUUGAGUGCAGACUCCCACAGCAGAUACAGGAGCUACAAAGUAUUUCAACAAAGAGACUCCACAUUUUUUGCUUCCUUACUUCUAUUUCUAUCUUUUGAAAAAAAAAAUGAGUAUGUUAUCUUUUAGGACAAUUACUGUUUUUAAUCAAAGGCAAGCUUCAUUCUCAACCUGCAGGACUAGUUUUUGGCUUGUGUGUGGCUUAUAACCAAAAGCACACAGAGCAUGGGAAACAGGUACAUCACAAAUGUGGUCAAAAUGAAAGUAUACAGCAGAUAAUAAAUGACAGCAGGACCACAGCAUCUUGCAUUGUUGUUGUAGAUUGAAUAAGAGAUAGGAUUCUGAGAAAUACCUAAAUAAAAUUACAUACAUAGCUAUGUAUAACAUAUGUAUAUCGAUUAUAUUCAGCACAAUAUGCAUUUGCGCCGCAAUGCCUUCUUUUAACCAAACUGCAAUUUGCACAUUAUU